CGGGCUGGCUGGCGGGCGCGGCCGGGCCCCUCGGGCGGGCUGGGGCAGCGGAGCGCGGCGCUGCAGCCAUGGCGGGCGGCGGGCGGCUGCUCGGGGUGUCGCUGUGGGCGCUGCUGGCGCUGCUCGGGCAGCCACCCGCGCUGGGGCGGCCCCGGGAGCGCCUCCGCGUGCGCUUCACCCCGGCCGUGUGCGGCCUGCGCUGCGUCCACGGGCCCGCCGGCUCCCGCUGUACCCCGAUCUGCGCGCCCCGCAACGCCACCAGCGUGGACAGCGGCGCCCCCAACGGGGCGGCCCCGGGGGGAUCCGGCUUCCGCGCCUUCCUGUGUCCCUUGAUCUGUCACAACGGCGGUGUCUGCGUGAGGCCUGACCGCUGCCUGUGUCCCCCGGACUUCGCUGGCAAGUUCUGCCAGUUGCAUUCCUCAGGCGCCAGGCCCCCAGCCCCGGCCAUGCCAGGCCUCACCCGCUCUGUGUACACCAUGCCAGUGGCCAACCACCGCGAUGAUGAGCAUGGCGUGGCGUCCAUGGUGAGCGUGCAUGUGGAGCACCCGCAGGAGGCAUCGGUGGUGGUGCACCAGGUGGAGCGGGUGUCCGGUCCCUGGGAGGAGUCGAACGCCAUGGCGGCGGCGCGGGCGGAGGCGGCGGCCCCCUACACGGUGCUGGCCCAGAGCGCGCCGCGGGAGGACGGCUACUCUGAUGCCUCGGGCUUCGGCUACUGCUUUCGGGAGCUGCGCGGCAGCCAAUGUGCGUCCCCGCUGCCGGGGCUGCGCACCCAGGACGUGUGCUGCAGAGGGGCCGGCCUAGCUUGGGGCGUCCACGACUGUCAACCGUGCUCGGAGCACUUGGGGAGCUCGGACCAGGUGGGAGCCCCAGAUGGACCUUGUCCAACUGGCUUUGAAAGAGUUAAUGGAUCCUGCGAAGAUGUGGAUGAGUGUGCAUCAGGUGGACGCUGCCAGCACGGGGAGUGUGCGAACACCCGUGGAGGAUACACCUGCGUGUGCCCCGACGGCUUCUUGCUUGACUCCUCCCGCAGGAGCUGCAUCUCCCAGCACGUGAUCUCGGAGGCCAAGGGACCCUGCUUCCGGGUGCUCCGCGACGGUGGCUGCUCACUGCCCAUUCUGCGCAACAUCACCAAGCAGAUCUGUUGCUGCAGCCGUGUGGGCAAAGCCUGGGGCCACGGCUGCCAGCUCUGCCCACCAUUCGGCUCAGAGGGUUUUCGUGAGAUCUGUCCAGCAGGCCCCGGAUACCACUACUCAGCUUCUGACCUCCGCUACAACACCAGGCCCUUGGGCCAAGACCCUCCACGAGUCUCCCUCAGCCAGCCCCGUGCUCCACCCUCCACCUCUAGGCCACCCACAGGCUUUCUGCCCACCCGUCACCCAGAGUCUAGGCCUGAGCCUGAGCAUCGGCCUGAGUCUAGAACUGGGCGCCGGCCAGAGAUCCGGCCUGAAAGUAGAUCGGAACCCAGGCCUGAGCGCCUGCCAGACACCCGACCCAGCUCUGAGCGUCCCCGGCCCAGCAUCCCAGCCUGGAUUGGCCCUGAGAUCCCUGAAUCAGGCUCCUCUCCAGGCGUGUGUCAACGCAAUCCCCAGAUCUGCGGCUCCGGACGCUGCAUCCCUCGGGCCAGCGGCUACACCUGUGUCUGUGACUCGGGUUUUCGGCUCAGCCCUCAGGGCACACACUGCCUGGAUGUGGAUGAAUGUCGCCUUGUACCACCGCCCUGUGCUCCCGGCCUAUGCGAAAACACCCCAGGCAGCUACCGAUGCGUGUGUGGCCCGGGCUUCCAGGCCGGCCGUCGGGGGACCGAGUGCCUGGACGUGAACGAGUGCCACCGCGUGCCUCCGCCGUGUGACCGCGGGCGCUGCGAGAACACACCAGGCAGCUUCCUGUGUGUGUGCCCGGCGGGGUACCAGGCUGCGCCCCACGGAGCCAGCUGCCAGGAUGUGGAUGAGUGUGCUCAGAGCCCAGGCCUGUGUGGCCGUGGGGUCUGUGAGAACCUGCCUGGCUCUUUCCGCUGUGUUUGCCCGGUUGGCUUCCGGGGCUCAGCAUGUGAGGAAGAUGUGGAUGAGUGUGCCCAGGACCCCCCGCCCUGUGGGCCAGGCCGCUGCGACAACACAGCUGGUUCCUACCACUGUGCUUGUCCUGCUGGCUUCCGCUCCCGAGGCUCCGGGGCCCCCUGUCAAGAUGUGGAUGAGUGUGCCCGGAGCCCCACACCCUGUGCCUACGGACGGUGUGAGAACACGGAAGGCAGCUUCCAGUGUGUCUGCCCCACGGGCUUCCAACCCAACUCCUCUGGCACUGAGUGCGAGGAUGUGGAUGAGUGUGAGAACCACCUGGCUUGUCCUGGCCAGGAAUGUGUGAACUCCCCUGGCUCCUUCCAGUGCAGGGCCUGUCCUGCUGGUUACCACCUGCACCACGGCCGCUGUACUGACGUGGACGAAUGCAGUUCGGAAGCCUCCUGCGGCCCCCAUGGCCAGUGCACUAACACCGAGGGCUCCUACCGUUGUAGCUGCGCACCUGGCUACCGAGCGCCGACAGAUCACUCAGGGCCCUGCUCAGACGUGAACGAGUGUCUGGAGGGCGACUUUUGCUUCCCCCACGGAGAGUGCCUCAACACCGACGGCUCCUAUGCCUGCACUUGUGCCCCUGGCUACCGGCCCGGACCCCGUGGAGCCUCUUGUCUUGAUGUGGAUGAGUGCAGCGAGGAGGAUCUGUGUCAGGGCGGCAUCUGCACCAACACUGAUGGCUCCUUCGAGUGCGUCUGUCCCCCCGGACACCGCGUCGGUCUAGACCUCGCCUCCUGCCAGGACGUGGAUGAGUGCCGCGAGCGGGGCCCGGCCCUGUGCGGAGCCCAGCGUUGUGAGAACUCCCCCGGCUCCUACCGCUGUGUCCGAGACUGUGACCCCGGUUACCACGCGGGCCCUGAGGGCACCUGUGACGAUGUGGACGAGUGCCAGGAAUAUGGAACAGUGAUCUGUGGAGCCCAGCGCUGUGAGAACACCCCUGGCUCCUACCGAUGCGUGCCGGCCUGUGACCCUGGCUACCAGCCCACACCUGGAGGCGGAUGCCAGGAUCUGGAUGAAUGCCGGAACCGGUCCUUCUGCGGUGCCCAUGCUGUGUGCCAAAACCUGCCUGGCUCCUUCCAGUGCCUCUGUGACCAGGGUUACGAGGGGGCGAGGGACGGGCGUCAUUGCGUGGAUGUGAAUGAGUGUGAAACCCUGCAGGGUGUGUGUGGAGCUGCCCUGUGCGAGAAUGUCGAAGGCUCCUUCCUCUGUGUCUGCCCCAGCAGUCCUGAGGAGUUUGACCCCAUGACUGGACGCUGCGUGCCCCCCCACACUUCUGCUGACACAUUCUCCAGCCCUUUGCAGUCCCAGGGCCCUGCCAGCCCAAGUCUAUCCGCCAGGCUGCCCCCUCCAGCCCUUCCUCGCCGGCCCGGCCCUCCUCGGCAGGGCCCUGUAAGCAGUGGGCGCCGGGAGUGCUACUUUGACACAGCAGCCCCAGAUGCAUGUGACAACAUCCUGGCACGGAAUGUGACAUGGCAGGAGUGCUGCUGCACCAUGGGCGAGGGCUGGGGUAGUGGCUGCCGCAUCCAGCAGUGCCCAGGCACUGAGACCGCCGAGUACCAGUCACUGUGCCCCCAUGGACGGGGCUUCCUGGCGCCCAGUGGUGACCCAAGCCUCCGGAGAGACGUGGAUGAGUGUGAGCUCUUCCGAGAUCGGGUGUGCAAGAGCGGUGUGUGCGUGAACACAGCCCCGGGCUACUCGUGUUACUGUAGCAAUGGCUACUACUACCAUACCCAGCGGAUGGAGUGCAUCGAUAAUGAUGAGUGCGCCGACGAGGAGCCGGCUUGCGAGGGCGGCCGCUGCAUCAACACCGUGGGCUCCUACCACUGCUCCUGUGAGCCUCCGCUGGUGCUGGAUGGCUCGCGGCGCCGCUGCGUCUCUAAUGAGAGCCAGAGCCUUGAUGACAAUCUGGGAGUGUGCUGGCAGGAAGUGGGGGCUGACCUAGUGUGCAGUCGCCCUCGUCUGGACCGCCAGGCCACCUACACAGAGUGCUGCUGCCUCUACGGGGAGGCCUGGGGCAUGGACUGUGCCCUCUGUCCCGCCCAGGACUCAGAUGACUUCGAAGCCCUGUGCAAUGUGCUGCGCCCCCCUGCAUAUGGCCCCCCGCGGCCAGGUGGCUUUGGACUCCCCUACGAGUAUGGCCCGGACCUUGGGCCACCCUACCAGGGCCUUCCCUAUGGACCCGAGGUGUACCCACCGCCCGUGCUCCCCUACGAUCCCUACCCACCGCCCCCUGGGCCCUUCGCCCGCCGCGAGGCACCCUAUGGGGCGCCCCCCUUUGACAUGCCUGACUUCGAGGACGACGGUGACCCCUAUGAUGAACCCGAGGCUCCCCCUCUGCCAGGUCCGCGCCCCCGAUGGCGCUACCGGCCCCGAGACACCCGAGGCUCCUUCCCAGAGCCUGAGGAGGCACAGGAGGGUGGAGGCUAUACAGGUGCCCUGACAGGGCCCUACGAGGGGCUGGAGGCCGAGGAGUGUGGGAUCCUGGAUGGCUGUGCCCAUGGGCGCUGCGUGCGUGUCCCAGAAGGCUUCACAUGUGACUGCUUUGACGGCUACCGCCUGGACACAACCCGCAUGACCUGUGUCGGUGAGGGGCAGGGAGGGGCCACUGGGCAUAGGCAGAGAGAGUGGCAGCCUGGACUAGAGACAUCAACGAGUGUGAUGAGGCCGCAGUGGACGUGCCCCUCUGUGUCAACGCACGCUGUGUCAACACUGAUGGCUCCUUCCGUUGCGUCUGCCGCCCUGGGUUCGCGCCCUCGCACCAGCCGCACCACUGCACGCCUGCCCGGCCCCGGGCCUGAGCCUCCCUGCACACACGGGCCCCUGCCACUCACCCCCCGGCAUCCUGUGCCCGCCUGUGCGCAUGCGCACACGAGGCCACCCCGAGUCCAGGGGACUGGGAGAAGGGCUCAUCGCUCCCUCUGUUCCCCACCUACCACUUGCGCCUGCGGGGCUCUUCAUGUUCAUGCUCAUUUUUAUACAGUUUUUCAAUAAAAUAACACCUAUUUUGUA